AUGCCAAAAACCACCCCAGAGAGGUGCCAAUUGGCACUCUUUCACAUCCAAAAUGGGGAAUCUACCCAUUCAGUUGCUGAGCAACUUGCUCAAUUCAACCUCCAUGGUCAGGAAAGCAUGUCAUGCACUGCAGGAGAUGUUUCAAGUCAAAGCAUGCCCAACCACAGUAAGAAAAGCACUUCAUUACUGUUGUUACAAAGCAUGAAGCACAAGGACAUGACUGUUGAGGAUUGGAAGAAUGUGGUAUGGUCUGAUGAGACAAAGAUCAACUUCUUUGGACCAGAUGGUAAGCAGUUCUGUUGGAUUAAGAAUGCUGGCUUCAACAGCAAGCUUGUCAGGCCAACAGUCAAGUUCAGCAGUGGCUCCAUCAUGAUCUGGGGCUGUAUGACAUGGGAAGGGAUGGGAGAUUUGCAGCUUCAGCAUGCAUACACUGACAUCACAUUUCAGCAAGACAAUGACCCAAAACACACACCAAAAAAUACAAUAACAUGGUUGGAAAGCAAUAGCAUUAAGGUUAUACAAUGGCCAGUGCAGUUGCCAGACUUAAACCCAAUUGAACACCUCUGGCACCAUCUCAAAAUGCAACUUUCACAGUAUAGUAUGAUUGCAAAGUCCAGGGAUGAACUGCUCAAGAGAUGUGAAGCUGAAUGGACAGCAAUCACUCCAGAGACAUGUAGGACACUAAUAGAGAGUAUGCCAGACUGCAUCAAGGCAGUUCUGAAGGCCAAAGGAGGGAAUACAAAGUACUAA